AUGGGCUGGUACAUGGCCCAAGUUAUCUGUGCCCCUUCUGCCCAGGCCAACAACACAAUUAUCCUGGACCAGACGACCUACUGCGGUAUUAAUCCGGUUAAAGUACACCUAACACAUGUCCGAUUCUACCACCCUGAUAAAACCAUGGAAGACCCCAUCCUCCGCCAGGUUCUCUCAACGCGUCCUCUUGGUAGCGGACGGAUUCCGGGCUCAGGAUACCAACUGUCCUCCCCGGCGCAGGGCCCCACGAGCAUUGGCAUCACCGCAGCCAGUCUCCCAUGGCCGCGAUGGAACAAUUUCUCUAGAUAA